AUGCCGCGGUACAAACGCACGCGCGAUGAUGCUGAGCUCGACCUGCCUGUCGAGCCAGCAGUGCCGGAGGAGCAUAGGGAGACUCUGGCCAAGCUGCGCAAUAUGUGGCAGUUCGCCAGCUUGAUGCAGUAUAUUUUCCUCUUCGGGCAUGUGGUCAAGAUCGACGAAGACUUCGACAUUGAGGACCUCGAAGCAGAAUGUCUCAAGCCCACGCCGAGCGAGAAACUCGCUCGAAUCGGCCUGCAGCUGCUGAAAUUUGUAUCCUCGCAUCGCGACGAACGGCUGACGCUAGUUCUCUGUAGGCCAGACAUCUUCGACGAGUACACGCGCCGCCAGUAUCUCGCCAAAGCACCCCAGCGAAAUCCCUUUGGCGACGAUGAAGAUCCCGUCCCCUUCAACGAUCUCGACAUCUACACCCGCAUUCAAGUACUACAGCAACUUAGCACAUGGACUUUGGGCAAUGCAGAGCGCAUCCGUGCAAUGAUGGCGCAGGACGAGAAUCACACUGGCUGGCGAAUGGAGCCCCUUGGCUGGGACAAGGAGGACCGCGCCUACUACGUCUUGGACGACAAUCGAUUGUAUCGUCGCGCAGAUGAACCUAUCCCGCCUCCCACGCCCAAGGUGAAAGCAAAGACUAAGGCAAAGCCGAAGUCCAAAAAGCCUGCCCCGAGAAAAGGCACACGAGCGAGCAAGCGGCGGAAAAUCGACGAUAGCGAAGACGACGAGCCUGAAGCGACUUCCGAAGGGGACGAUACUGCGAUCGAGGAUACAGAGAUGGCGAAUGGCACCUCAGAGAUCUUGAAUGAGGAUGAACCUGGCUACGGCUUCACAAGCAAGACCUGGGAGUGCAUCGCUAUCACUCUCGAAGACUACCAAGAUUUUAUGGCUAGCAUCUUUCGAUCGCGAGAUCUCAACGAGAAGCAACUUCGCAAGACCAUAGAGGAGGAUGUGCUUCCAAUUAUCGAGAAGCGUGCCGAGGCGCUGCGCCAAAAGCAGCUCAAGAAAGUCCGCGAACUGGAGAAUCUGCAGAAGAUGGCUACGGCAAAGCGGUCGAGUAGGUUGGCGGAUAAGGCUGAUAAGGAAGCGAAAGAACGCGAGGAGCGAGAAGCGGAAGAGAAACGACAACGCGAUCUGAAGAUGGCUCGCGAUGAGCAGGAUAGACAGAGACGCAUUGAAGAUGGCCACGAAUCGAGACGACUCACGCGGGAACAACGAGUCCGCGAACGCGAAGCCAAACGCAUCUUGCACGAAGAAGAGCUCGCCAAGCUCGAGGAGGAAGCCGAGCGUGCAGAGUCUCAAGGCCUCGACGAGAAUCCCAAUGAAGACACCAAGCGUGCCUCUGGGCGCCAGCGCGAAAGCCAGCGCGAACAGCACAAGAAGGAGCUGGAACGCUUGGCUGAAGAGGACGGAAACUGGUACUUCGAUUGCUCGGUAUGCGGCCAGCACGGCGAGAACAUGGACGACGGAAGCCACAGUAUAGCUUGCGACCGUUGCAACGUCUGGCAACACAGCAAGUGCCAUGGCUUCACGCCGAAGCAGGCCGAACAAGAUGACUUCGUCUUCAUUUGUAGCACUUGCAAGCGAAAGGAAGAGGACGCAAAGAAGCCUAAGAUUCCGCCUCUGAAGUUGCACAAUCGAACCAGUGCCAGCCCGGAGACUCACAAAGCCUCAAGCCGUCCUUCAACAGCUAACGGUCAAGUCGGAAACGGUGCACAACCUCAUCUAGCCAGACCG